AUGUUGCAACUCCGUAUUGUGAAGUCACUCAUAAUUUUACUUUAUUUUCUUGUUUUGGCCAAUGGAGGCACAAUACCCAGUUAUGAUGAUAUCCAACAAAACGAAGUGACCGACGAACCUAGCAAACCUUUGAAAUGGUUAAGGGGAAUACAAGAUGUGGUCUCUAGUCCUACGGGGCAUGUUGUGGUCCAAGUGGCUAAGGAAUUAUUAAAUCGUUCGGCCGGUAACAGCCAAGUCUUAAGUUUAAAUGUUACCAAUUUGCUUAUAAUUUUGCUUUUGAAAAUCCUAAUAUUUUCUGCUGGUAUGUUGGGUGCAGGACAUUGGAGUAACUAUGGAUAUGCACGCUCAGACGACAGAUUUUCUUUAGAUCUAAUCAAAGGCGAGGAUUAUAUGAUCACCGGAUUCUUGGCAGCCCAGGGUGGUUUUGACGAAUGCCUAUAUGCAGCAGCCUGUGAAUCGCCACAAAUUGCCUAUGAAUAUGCAAAGGCAGCAAAAGCUUUAAUUGAAGGAAUCGAGAAAUUUCAAGGAACUCCUGUUGAGAACCGCCGCUAUAUCGAAUUAGCUGUUAUGGUUGAAGAAGCCGCCUACAAUGGCCUGAGGGGAAUGCCCUGCAAUAUAACCCUGAAGUGUGAAAAUAUUCUUUAA